AUGUCCUGUACAGAAUGGAAACGUGAGCCUACGAUGCUAGACGUGGUUUUCGGGUUCAUGUUGCCUUAUCGACCGCCACGCAGCGCGCUGGGCGCGUUUGUCUGGCGGCGACGCAUGUGGCUCGAGAUGACCUUCGCGUUGUCGUCGGUCGAUGAUGGAGCCCUGGAAGAAGGUGCUUCCUGCUUCUUCUGGACGCUGUUCGCGCUCCUCACUGCUGGGAUCUACCUCUACCUUCCACACCACAUCUCCUACAUGUGCCAACGCGCGAAAUACUACCUGUUGGGACGCGAG